UGCAGGUAGCGAGAGCGAAGCCCGACGGGAAGGGGGCCGCGCGGCGGGAGGGUGCGUGCGGCGGCGAGCGGCGGCGAGCUGCGGCAGCGGCGGCGGCGGCGGCGGGGGCCGGCCGGGCUCAGUACGACACGCGAGCCCGCCGCGCCGCCCCGCGCCGAGCUGCCUGCGAGCCCCGCAGACAUGGAGCACUUCAUAGAGACCGUCCGCAAGUACCCCUGCCUGUGGAACACGACGGCGAUCGAGUACAGGGACCAGGAGCUGAAGGACGCCGCCUGGGCGGAAGUGAUGAAGGAGACGGACCUGUCGUCGGUCAAGGAGGUGAAGCUUAAAUGGAAAAAGCUAAGAGACAGUUACCGAGACGCGUUGAAGCGCCAAAGCGAGAUGCUCGCCAAAGAACCGGGAACAGCUGCAAAGAAGAUAUACCCCUGGAAGUACAUGGGCUUGAUGCAGUUUCUACAACCUUACAUGAGUAACAGAAAGAAACCGGCGGAGACGGCGCCGCCGGCACCCAACGGCGCAGCCGCCGCCGGCUCGACCGACUCGUCCGACUCGGACGCGGACUCCUCGCCCAAACGGAAGAACUGCGGACGUUUGUCUGUUAUCGAUCGGAAACUAGACUAUUUGUGUAAAGCGCAGCAAAGUAAGAGGGCCUGCAUGGAGACAGGACGACGGGACCCGCCCGCUCCAGACCCACUAGAUAUAUUCUUCAAUAGCAUGUGCCAAUCAACGAAGCGGUUCCCUUUCCCCACACAAAUCAGUAUCAAACGUCGCCUAUUCGAGGCAGUGAUGGAAGCUGAAGAAGCCUUAGUAGCGGAGCAGCAGAGCUACGCGAGCUUGUGGGCCAGGGCGCCCGCCUCCUCCUCUAGCAGCGACGACGACAAGGACGACGACAAGCCCUCCUGA